AUCAUUUGUCUGAAAUGGCAUAGGGUUUCCUGACUUCCAAAGUUCCUUUCAGCUCUGUUAUUCUGUUUACUCUCAAGUAAGGUUUAAAAUACAUUUUCCUCCUCUACCCAUAAAAGUAUCCAAAGUGAAGACAGAAGAGCUAAAAAUACAAGACUUAGAAGUAGGUCUGAGAAUUACAGGUAGAUCAUAAUGUUAUUAUUAAUGUUCCUUCAAGCAAUCCAUCAGUUUCCUAGUGAAUCAUUUUUAGAAAUCAUAACAGCUGGCUUAAAAAAAAUAAUGUUUUGUCCAAGACCAUUUUCCCUUUCAUUGAAACAUAAUGUUUUAGACAACUCUGAAAAAUUUCUCUCUCUUUCUCUCUCUCGUCCCCCACACACUCUCUCUCUCUCUCUCUGUAUAUAUGUAUAAGUGUGGGUGUGGGUGUGGGUGUGGGUGUGGGUGUGUGUUGGUUAUGUAAUUUAUAUAUUAUUGCUAUCAUUCAAUCCAUCUGUGGCAAAGUGAAAAAUUUUGGAGUGCUAACGCAUUUACAUGCUUUCUUCUUGCAUGGUACUAUGCAAUCUUCUUUUUUUCUUCUUAGCAUUUAGCAGAAUUGUAAAUAAAGUAUACAUAAUGCCACAUUCUUUAAGAGAAGAAAUAUGAUUUGUAAUGUAUCUGUGUAGAUUUUAUCUACAGAACUACCAACAUAUCCUGGCCUUAGUUUUUGCUGUAAAGGAGAUCAAUGAAAACAAUCACAUUUUAUUCAACGUGACUCUGGGUAUGCACCUCUCUAACAGUUAUUUCAUGGCGAGAUGGACCUACUUGGCUUCAAUGGAGCUCCUCUCAACACGGGGUAGAUUCAUCCCCAAUUAUAAGUGUGAUACUAAGGACUGGGCAGUAUCUGUUAUUGCAGGACCUAACUCUAACAUCUGUCCCUUCAUGGCAAAUGUUUUGAAUGUCUACAAGAUGCCCCAGCUGAUAUAUGGAUCUUCUCCUAUGAGAGAUGACCAGAUACAAGCUGCUUUCUUCCAUCGCUUUUUCCCAGAUGGUGACCAACAGAUUAUGGCUAUUCUCCAGUUGCUGUUGUAUUUUAGGUGGACAUGGAUUGGGCUGAUUUUCCAACGUAAUGAGAGUGGAGACAGAUUCAUUCAAAAUGCUGUUCUGUUGUUUUCCCAACAAAGUAUCUGCUUUGCGUUCAUAGAAGAGAUGCCCCAGCAAACAUUUUCUAAUGAUUAUGCGGAAGCCUCUAAAUAUUUUAGCAAAAUGUACAUUACUGUCAUGAACAGCACUACCAAUGUCAUUAUCCUAUAUGGUGAGAACCAAGUUACCAUGACUUUUAGAUUGUUGCCCUAUUAUGGAGACUUUGAUGAUAUACCCAUCGAGAGAAAAGAUAAAGUUUGGAUAAUGCCAGCCCAGAUGGAGUUUACAUCCGUUCCCUUUCAAAAAAUUAUUGCUAUGGACAUUUUCCAUGGUGUUAUAAGUUUUGAAGUUUCUUCCAAGGAGAUUUCUGGAUUUAAUAAAUUCCUUCAGAUGAGAAACCCAACUUUAGAAGUGGAAGACCAUUUAUUGAGAAUGUUUUGGAAAGAUGCUUUUGAAUGCUCUUUUUCUAAAGAUAAUUUAGAUGAAGACGCUGGGAAGCUGUGCACUGGAGAAGAGAAGUUGGAGAAUCUACCUAAGUCUGUGUUUGACACCACCAUGACUGGACAGAGUUACAGCACCUACAAUGCAGUUUAUGCUGUGGCACAUGCUUUACAAGCCAUGUUUUCCCCCAAACACAGAACAAGAGCAAAAGUUGGAGGAGAAAUGUUUUUGACUCAAAAGGCAUGGCAGUUACAUCACUAUUUGAGAACCAUGUCAUUCAAUAACACUGCAGGAGAGAAAAUUUCCUUUAAUGAAAAUGGGGAUUUGGACACUGGAUUUGACAUUAUCAACUGGGUCACAUUCCCAAACAAGACCUUUGUUAAAUUCAAAGUUGGAAAGAUUAACCCAGCGGCUUCUCCAGAUAAGCUAUUCACCAUUUCUGCACAAGACAUCACUUGGCCUAUCAUGUUUAACCAGGUUCUACCUCUUUCUGUUUGCAAUGACAAUUGCUAUUCUGGGUUCAGAAAGGUGAAAAUAGAAGGGAAGCCAUUUUGCUGUUAUGAUUGUGCUCCAUGUGCAAAAGGGAAAAUUUCAAACCAGAUGGAUGCGGUUGACUGCUUUCAAUGUUCAGAAGACCAAUAUCCAAACAAGGCUCAAAACCUUUGUAUUCUAAAAACAACCACCUUCCUGUCUUACAAUGAGCCACUGGGAAUCACCCUGGCCAGUGUUAGUCUCUUCCUUUCUUUCAUCACAGCUUUGGUGCUGGGGAUUUUCAUUAAACAGAGGGACACCCCCAUUGUCAAAGCCAACAACAGGAGUCUCACCUACAUUCUUCUCAUUGUUCUCCUGCUCUCAUUCCUUUGCAGUUUGCUCUUCAUUGGGCAACCUGACCAAGCAAAAUGUUUCAUGCGGCAAGCUGCUUUUGGCAUCAUAUUCUCGGUAGCCCUUUCUUGCAUAUUAGGAAAAACGACUAUUGUUGUUCUUGCUUUCAUGGCCACCAGGCCCGGUUCCAAAAUGAGGAAAUGGGUAGGGAAUAGGCUGGCUUUUUCAAUUGUCCUAUUUUGCUCCCUGGCACAAUUUACCAUUUGUACAGUGUGGCUGACAAUUUCUCCCCCAUUCCCAGAUUCUGACAUGCACUCUAUAGCUGAAGAAAUUGUCCUACAAUGUAAUGAAGGUUCAACCACAAUGUUUUAUACUGUUCUUAGUUUUCUGGGGGUCUUGACUUCUGUCAGUUUCACAGUAGCCUUCCUAGCUAGGAAGUUACCAGAUAGCUUUAAUGAAGCCAAAUUUAUCACUUUCAGCAUGUUGGUGUUUUGUAGUGUCUGGAUAUCAUUUGUUCCAACCUAUUUGAGUACCAAAGGGAAAUACAUGGUGGCUGUGGAGAUCUUCUCCAUUUUGGCUUCAGCAGCUGGAUUACUGGGCUGCAUCUUUUCCCCCAAGUGCUAUAUCAUUAUUAUGAGACCUGAUUUGAAUACAAAGGGACAGUUAAUAAAAAAAUAAUCCUGAAUACGAAGUUCAAUUUUCUCAUUGAUUCAAUGCAGCCUUCCCCACUACUCUAACCAAAUAAUGAGGUGACAUUAAUGCGGACCUUUAUUUUCUCCAACCUGAAUUCUCUGCUUUUGGUCUUUAAGAUACAACCUAGAAAUUGAAGCAGUUCCUGAGUUCUUGUCCUGAUCACUUUCAUGACUGUUGUUAUCUCUUAUGGCAGCCUUUUUUUACUAAGCCAUGCCUUCUCAAAGUAUCUAUAGCACAGCAGAAUUCAAUUUCCUUUAAUUCUCAAAAUUUACCUUCUCCUGCAUACCCAGUUACCCUUGUUUCCUUUUCCCAACAACAUACAUUUCUUGGAUCCAACUAAUGGAUCCAAGUAAUGUAUCCAGCUGACAUUACUCAAACUAAAUCCAUUCUCAUUCCCAAAGAUCAGAGUAAUUUAUAGGGGUUACUAAAUUAAGCUUUGCUCCAGCAUAUGAUUAUUUCCUAGGGUGCUUAUGGAAAAAUUAUACUUAUUGUUAGAUAAUAUAUCUAGGAAACCAAAGACAUAGGAAAAACUCAUGACUUUGCAGGUAGGCACUAUAAAUAAAUGAAUAAUGAUAGACACCCCCCCCCAAAAAAAAGAUUAAGAGGAUAGGAAUGAAGAUUGUGAAAUCCAAAAGCAGGUCAUAGUUUAGUUCUAACUGGGUACAAGUGUUUCAUCAAUACAUGCCAGUAUGAAUCACAACUAUGAGUAGGUUGUGGGGAAAUAUACUUUUAUGGGAACAUAGAAAACUAUGGGAGAAAAAGACCUAAUAGUCCAUCGAGUCUGCCCUUUAAGUUUCUUGUUUUUUCUUUUCUUUUUAAUGUAUUUUUUAAUUAUUAUUUUUAGAUCAUAGACUUUUUUUUAAAAAAAUUAAUUUUUAAUUUUCUUUUUUACUUUUCACUUGCCACGUACCUCUUUGGAGGUAUGGCUAUAUGCAAUAACAUAGCCCUUGAUAUUCUAAAAUAUUAAUUGUGGAUAAAUUGAUUGACAAAUUGACCAUUCAUUUUGGCCAUGUUGUGAAAAAUGUUUAGCUUAAUCAUUUAGUUCUCAGAAUAUGGAAUUACAAUAAUUAAGAAUAUGUAAAAAGUAUAUGUGCUUUGCAUUAAAAUAUGUUGCAAAUUGUGA